GUCCGCCGCCCCGGCAUGGCGAUCGCAAGGCAAGUGCUUUGUCUCUCUGCUUUCCUCUCCCUGCCGCACGCUCGCGCCGAGCCCAUCCGCUACUCCGUAGCCGAGGAGGGGGAGAGCGGCUCCGUGGUAGCCAACGUGGCGGAGGACGCGGGGCUGGCCCCGGCGCAGCUCUCGGCUCGCCGCGCCCGCCUGGCCUCGGAGGACGGCCGGCAGCGCUUGCGCUUAGACCGCGGCACCGGCCGCCUCGUCGUGGCGGAGAGGCUGGACCGGGAGGAGCUGUGCGGGCAGUCCGCUACGUGCACGCUCCCCUUCGAGCUCCUGCUGGCAAACCCGCUGCAGUUCUUUCGGGUCGAGGUGGCCGUGGAGGACAUCAAUGACCACUCGCCCGUUUUCCCGGAGGAACAGGUCACUUUGAAGAUCCCGGAAACGAGCAACCCGGGCUCGCGUUUCCCGCUGGAGGGGGCUCGGGACCUGGAUGUUGGCAGCAACAGCAUCCAGGCUUACAGCAUUGCUCCUGAGAACGAGUACUUUAGUGUCUCCUUUGGGAGUCGGGUUAAGGGCAAGAAGUAUUUGGAACUGAUCUUGGAAAAGCCGCUAGACAGAGAGGAGCAGGCGGAGGUGGGUUUCAGUCUCAUCGCUGUGGACGGAGGCUCUCCGCCCAGGAGCGGGACCACCCAAAUCCACAUUGUUGUUCUCGAUGUAAAUGACAACGCUCCCAUCUUCACGCAGGAGCUGUACGUUGGGCAGGUUUUGGAAAAUGCGCCGGAGGGCUCUGUGGUUCUCAGCGUGGUGGCAACCGAUCGGGAUGUGGGCGUUAAUGGGGACAUCAGCUAUCAGUUCAGCCAAGCGGUGGGCCAGAGGCACUCAGCAUUUGCGAUUGACGCCACGAGCGGUGAAAUCAAACUCACAAAGCCUCUGGACUUUGAGGUGGCAGAGAAUCACGAGCUCAGCGUGCGGGCCACAGACGGCGGGGGCCUCUCGGCAAUCUGCAAGGUGUUGGUGGAGGUGGUGGAUGUGAACGACAAUGCACCGGAGCUGGUGGUCAGUUCCUUCAGCAGCCCCCUCCCCGAGAACGCAGUACCCGGCACGGUGGUGGCCCUCUUUACUGCCAGGGACCGGGAUGCAGGUGCCAACGGGAAGAUCUCCUGUGCCCUUGAAGACCAGCUGUCCUUCUCCCUGCGGCCAGCCUAUAAGAAUUACUACGAGCUGGUGAGCGUGAGCGCGCUGGACCGGGAGGAGACGGCACGUUACAUCCUCACUGUCACAGCAGCAGACGCGGGCUCACCUCCUCUCACGACCACCCAGACCUUCACGGUGGACAUCUCCGAUGUCAACGACAACGUGCCUGUCUUCAGCCAGACUUCGUACACCAUGUACGUGCGUGAGAACAAUGUCCCCACGGUGCUCGUUGGAGCCGUCAGCGCCUCGGAUGCUGACGUGGGGCUCAAUGCCAAGGUGACCUAUUCCCUGGCACCGGCCCACCCCGCAGAGCGGCCUCCUUGCUCCUGCAUCUCCGUGAACUCUGAGAACGGGCAGGUGUUUGUGCUGCGGCCUCUCGACUACGAGCAGGUGAGGCAGAUCGAGGUCUUGGUGAGCGCCUCCGACGCGGGGUCGCCGCCCCUCAGUGCCAACGUCACCGUCCGCCUUGUCGUGGUGGACGAGAAUGACAAUGCGCCACUGGUGCUGUACCCGUCGCAGGACAGCAGCGCACCGUCCAGCGAGCUGGUGCCCGUGUCGGCUGAGGCGGGCUACCUCGUCACCAAAGUGGUGGCCGUCGACGCCGACUCGGGGCAGAACUCGUGGCUCUCGUACCACCUGCUGAGGGCCAGCGAUCCGGGGCUGUUUGCGGUGGGUGCCCAAAGUGAGGUGCGACUGAGGAGGCCCGUGACGGAGAGAGACGCCGUGAAGCAGAAGCUCGUCGUCCUGGUGCGAGACAACGGGCGGCCACCGCUGUCGGCCACUGCCGUGCUGAGCGCGCUCGUGCUCAAAGACUUCUCAGACGUGCGCCUACCGCACAGCAGCCUGGCCACGGAGGACGAGGGUGGCUCCCUGACAACCUCUUUAAUCAUUUCCUUGGUCUUUGUCUCACUCCUCUUCCUCGCAUCCGUGGCAGCCUUCAUCGCUCGCAAGACGUGCAAGAGAGAGGACGUGAAGGGUGGGCACGUGCUUUACGGCACCGGCCCCGUGCAGAGCGGCCUGGGCGAGGCGGCCGGUGCAGGCACCCUGCCCCACGCCUAUUGCUACGAGAUCAGCCUCACGACGGGCUCGGGCAACAGCGAGUUCAAGUUCCUGAAGCCCAUCCUCCCCAGCCUGCCACCGCAGCCCUGUGCCACGGGCGGGGGCACCGACGAUGAACAGGAGUUCCCCCGUGGCCCUGUCAGCGCGGAGGACCUGGCACCAGACAAGCCAGGGACGCUCUCUGCGGAACACUUCAAUAGGCUUUCCUUUAACUAGCAUGGAGUCAGCACAGCCAGAGGCUUCGUGCCUCGCGAUACGAAGGCAUCCGAGCUACAACAAGCGGCCACGGUUCCUCCAGAGGAAAUCUGCACUGGCGAUUGGCAUCACCGAUUUCCUGCAAAUUCCAAGUCAGAAGCAAGGUUGUCUCCCUCCCCCAAACCAAACCAACCCAAAGACACUAAAGUCUCCCUCACUCAGGAAAUAAUAUGUUUCAGGUCUGUUAGGGCCAUUUGUGAAAUGCUUUGAGAGGGGGGUUAGUUCCAGAGGCCCCGCCUAAGUUCUUGUCUCGCUUGCUGUCAGGCAAGACCGUGGACCUCUUAGUCUGUGCUGUCACGCAAUGGCACGGUCGGGCAGACAAAUCACAUGCUCGCUGAAAUGCACGUAGCCCUCCUCCUGGGUCAGAAAAGCAAGGACGUUGUGAGUCCUGUGUUCCAAUGUGGUGCAAGGAUGGGGCCCUUUCUUUUGUGGGUUCUGGAUGUCUGUGUCUGCAAUGUGUGGGCUCUGUGGGUUUUGCCUUCUGGUCACUGUGUCUGUCUGGACAGCCGUUGUGCGGCUGCAUGUGCUGCACUAGGGCUUCCCAGUGAAGCAGGGCGUUGCUCACAUGCAGCCGGUGCGAUGCAUGCAAUUGCAGGUCAGCAGGCAAGAAGGGUAUUUUGACCCCUUGAGUAGAGCAGUCUCAUCUUGUCUAGGGGAGAGCAACAUAAUGCACAAGGAGACCUUCCUCUGGCCCAGAAGAGGGGGUUGGGCGGGCGGUCUCCUAGGAAUUGCCUUGGAAAUAUAGCAGCACUGGCAGUGUUGGGAUAGAAUGGAAUGGAAUGGAAGAGAACGGAAUAUAGCAGAACAGAAGAGAAUGGAAUAAUUUCAGUUGGCAGGGACCUACAACGAUCAUCUAGGCCAACUGCCUGACCACUUCAGGGCUCACCAAAAGUUAAAGCAUAUUAUUAAGGGCAUUGUCCAAAUGCCUCUUAAGCACUGACAGGCAUGGAGAACCUCGCUAGGAAGCCUGUUCCAGUGUUUGACCACCCUCUCUGUAAAAAAAGGCUUCCUAAUGUCAAGUCGGAACCUCCCCGGACGCAGCUUUGAACCAUUCCCACACGUCCUAUCCCUGGAGAUGAGGGAGAAGAGAUCAGCACCUCCCUCUCCACUUCUCCUCCUCAGGAAGCUGUGGAGAGCAAUGAGGUCGCCCCUCAGCCUCCUUUUCUCCAAACUAGACAAACCCAAAUCCUUAGCCACCCCUCACAAGACAUGCCUUCCAGGCCUGUCACCAGCUUUGUUGCCCUCCUCUGCACGCAUUCGAGUACCUUGACAUCCUUCUUCAUGGUGGGGCCCAGAACUGCACACAGUACUCCACGUGAGUCCUGAAUACAGCGGGAGAAUCCCCUCUCUUGA